UUUGUUCAGUAUCGGUGCCUUGCGGCAGCCAGCCCACACUGAGUGUAGUUUGUAAUAGUGCAGUGUUAAUUUGGGCCACAUACAUACAGUCCGUGUGUAGGUAGACAGGGUGCUGGAUGACGGGCCGCUCACAGCUCACAUCUGUGUGAAGGACGGGGAUGAAGACAAGCCUCGCGCUCACACGAGCCGCUCGCUGCCCGGCCUCGCUCGGCUCCUCUGGGAACACAACGAGACGUACAAAAUGCGGAUUUUACUUCACCCACGGGUCCAGUUGUGUGGGUACUGGCAUCACCGGAUGUCGCACUGUUGAAUAAAAUAACCGUGUACAGGGCCUGGAAAGCUUUCUGAAAAAGCAUCACUGGCCGACUUGUUUGGUGGAAGAACUGUUCCGACCACACCGAGGACGAGAGAGCGUUCUGGGCGGCGAGAUGCACCAUUUGGAGGACUGAGCCUCAGCAGUUCAGCCGCCCCUGAGCUCCAACAUGGGAGAAUGAAGCAGGAUCUUGCAGCCAUGAAGACGCAGCUAUAUUGCAUUGAAGUGGGAAUAUCUUAAUGUACAGCGCCUUGUUAAAUGUGAGCUUACCAGCAACGAUGCCUGCUCACCCUGGGGAAGAAUGGUUCACUCAACUACUGUUCCCCUUUCAAAGGCAGGGGACAUUAACACCAGUCUCUGCUGCCUCGUUACGGUGCUGCUGAACCUUUCCAAGAGGCAGUCGAUGGAGGACAUCUCCAUGGCGAACGUUUCCCUGGGCUCCCGGGUGCCUCCAGAGCCAGUCACACCAACGGCGGAGGCAUUGGAGAGCUUGCCAGGCAUCAGCCUACCUCUGCAGGUCUUCUUCUGCUUCAUCAUGGUCGCCAUCCUGCUUUUGGCUCUGUUGGGAAACGUAGUUGUGUGCCUGAUGGUGUACCAGAGAUCUGCCAUGCGCUCGGCCAUCAACAUCCUCUUGGCGAGCCUGGCAUUUGCAGACAUGAUGCUGGCCAUCCUGAACAUGCCCUUCGCUCUGGUUACUGUCGUGACCACCAAGUGGAUUUUCGGAGAUGUUUUCUGUCGAGUUUCAGCCAUGCUGUUUUGGUUCUUUGUGAUGGAAGGUGUGGCUAUACUGCUUAUAAUAAGCAUAGAUCGUUUUCUUAUUAUUGUCCAGAAGCAAGAUAAGCUGAGCCCACAGAGAGCUAAAGUGCUCAUAGUGGUCACAUGGGGACUCAGUUUAAUUUUCUCUUUCCCCCUAGCUGUUGGCUCCCCUCCCCUACAGAUCCCUCCAAGAGCCCCGCAAUGUGUAUUUGGCUACAGCGUAAAGCCUGGUUACCAUGCCUAUGUAUUGAUACUAAUGCUCGUCUUCUUCUUCAUACCUUUCAUGGUCAUGCUCUACACAUUUAUGGGGAUCCUGAACACUAUCCGUCACAAUGCCAUCCGCAUCCACAGCCACCCAGACAGCAUCUGUCUGAGCCAGGCCAGCAAACUGGGCCUGCUUAGUCUGCAGAGGCCCUUCCAAAUGAACAUAGACAUGAGCUUCAAGACCCGUGCCUUCACAACCAUCCUCAUCCUCUUCUCUGUGUUUACAGUGUGCUGGGCACCAUUCACUGCCUAUAGUUUGAUAUCCACCUUCAGUGAUGGCUUCUAUCAUAAAGACAGCUUUUUUCAAAUCAGCACAUGGUUCCUGUGGUUGUGCUACCUCAAGUCAGCCCUCAACCCUCUUAUUUACUACUGGCGGAUCAAGAAGUUCCGCGACGCCUGCCUUGAUCUGAUGCCCAAGUACUUCAAGUUUCUUCCUCAGCUGCCAGGCAACACCAAGCGGCGCAUACAGCCGAGCGCAGUGUAUGUGUGCGGUGAGCAUCGCUCUGUGGUAUAAAGGAAUAUCCCACCUCUAAAACUUUAACAACACUGACCAGAAAAACGUCUUUAUAUAAUGUAUCCUGCAGUUCCAGGCCUGUUUUGCUGUUCAGUGGUAUACUACUCUUAGCAGAUGUUGAAAAUAAAACAGCACUGCAUUAUAAAGGCUGGAGGCUGCAUUUGUGGGGGUAUGUUGCUGCAGAUACCAGUGAGAAAAUGAAAUACAAUCCAGAAAGUUCAAUUUCUGUCGAACAUGGAUGAAUUCUAAGGCUGCAUACCAUGGGUUAUAAAACCAUUUACCAGGAUUUUCAACUUUGGAAUGGAGCUGGGUAUCGUCUGAAAGUUUUUGAUACUAGUUCAGUUUAAUUCAGUUUAAUUAAGUUUAAUGGCAAAAAAGUAGUAGUAUUUUCAACAAAGUCUUUGUUUGAUUUCAAAAAGAAGCCAAACUUACAAUCCAGAAUUCAAGAACUUUGCCUAAAUAAAAUGCAUCAAAAAUUAUUUAUAACAUAUUUUCAUAUAAAACGAAUACUUUAUAUCAGUGAUAAAAUACUCUAAAUUCAAAGUCCACGUGCUAGAUUUCUUUUGGGGUUUUUGACAGUAUGCCUAGGUCUUCUUUAAGAAUGGAACUUGCUCAGGUGUGAGCUAUACAUGAAACUUGCGUCAUAUAAGAAGUGGUUGUAUAUAGUGAGAUUGGUACCCCUGUUACUGUCCAGGCUUUAGAAUACAAGUGAAAGAUCCAGUAAGGGCUGGUAAGGUAACCUUGAGUUUAGAAUGCUGUAUCACAAUAUGUAAUCUUCCAUACUGAUGCUACUAUUUGAUCAAUGAAAAUAGUAAACAACACUACGGAUCUGACCAGACCUUUGAGGUCAGCUUCUGGUGCUUGACACAUUUAAAUGAUGGUGCUACAGAAACACCUAAGGGAACUGAUGCCCAGCUCUGCUCUUGAAAGUUCUAACAGCAGUCAUCUUCUCCUCUGUGUUGACCAUUGCAAUGUACACAGUAAAACUGAGUGGUUUUUCAUUACAGAAUAAUCCACCAGCGUGUGCUUCAUAUUUGAUUGGCCAGUCCUUUGCUUGAUGGUGCUGCAUUGUUAUGAGCAGGCCAACUGUGCAUUUCCUUGCUGAAGCCCUCUGCCGUGAAAACCCUUAACAAGUGUGCAAAGAUAAUUUCAGUCAGGUCAUGGUUUAUUAAGAAGUUGCCAGAAUAGCAGACAAAACAACAAGUACAUCUCUACGUCUCUGAUUUAGUUGUGUAUAUAAACAACCAUACCAGGGAUAAUCCUUUAUAGAAGAAGUGAAGACACUCCACUAGCAGCAGUUUCAGUAGAGGAACUGAGUUUUGUUUAAAAAUUGUUGAUACCAGUGCUGAUACAUUACCUGAGUCUUGGUACCUGUACCAGAAUCUUUUUCCCCCAGUACCAAAGUUCACAGGAUAUGUUGUCUAAGCUCAAGCAGCUUAUACAACAUUUUUACAUAAAUACAGUGAAGUUGGCAGAAUUAUUGUUAAAGUCACCUUUAUGAAAAGUUCACAUGUAGAAUUUGCCUUUUCUCAUGUAGGAAGCAGACAUGAGUAAAACAUGAUUAACAUUUGGAGAAAAGUGUGUGUAUGUAUGUAUGUAUGUAUGCAUGUAUGUAUGUAUACAUACAUACAUACACACACUUAAGAGUAGGGCUAGGGCAAUGUCUACUGAAUUGUCACAUGAUGAUGUCCACAGUGAAACGAUGCACUGGAUUAUGAAUUGGGGAUAGUUUGUUUUUCAGAGCUGCCAUAUGGAUGGAGUUGCUCAUUUGCACAACACUGUUUUCCACUGUCAGUUCGACUGCAACCUCCAACUGUCUCACUCAGUAGAAAAGAAACUGUUCCCCCUUGACAGUGAAGACACUCAGAUCAACUUUCACAUCCCUGCUUGACAAGUGUCCAACAUGCAUCCCUGUGCCAGAGACUUUGUAUCUGCACCUCAUGUCCGUAACUUAGCUUGAAACAAAGUAAGCUGGCUAGCUAUACUGAGGAAACCAAGCAAAGAAAAGGCAAAUAACAAAGGCAUGAUUCUGAGAAACGCUAACAGUGGUAAGGUAACUAAAGUGUCUUAGGUUCUGCUAACUUUGCAGGUUUAAUAAGAAAAUGAUAAAUGGGACAUGGAGAUGCAACCUUACUGCAUUGAGCCACCACAAACUUUCUUUUUCUCUCCCACAUGUCACAAACAUCCACUGCCUUGCAGCAACUCUGAGGUAACAUAUUCAUUUGUUGUGCUCUCUGCUGGGGGGCCAUAUAAAUUCCGAUUUUGUGGUGGUACAGGGCUCAGUAGUCAAUUGACUGUCAGCCAAAGGCCAUAAACGUUGGCAUCAACCUCUGGCUCAACCCUACUUUACAGUUUGUAAUACUUUCAACACAUUGAUUUUAGAACAAGUUUUUAAAUUUGAUACCUAGCUCUAAUCUGUAUACCAGAAUGCAGUGCAGCAGAGACAUUUCCUGCGGAGAGUAAAACCAUUGAAUAAAAGUGCAGUCCGUAGUUCUCUGAAGGUGAUACAGUGUCAUUUUGGGUAAUAUAAACCUUUAAGUGAAGUAGUUGGCUGAAGGAAAAUAUAAAAUAAAAUCAAAACACUUUAUAACUCUUGGAAUGCACUGAAUGGCACAUGUUGUGUGAAAGCAUAUAACGGGUCAAUUUUUCCUUCUAUAUUGUACUAAGAAGGCGCUGCUGGGUUUGACUUGACCAUACAUCUUUUCUUGCCACUGGAAUCACAAGUCGUGGGGAAAGGAUAGUGUGUUUUAGCUGCGUAGAAUUUGUUUCAUGAGGCAUGUAAAUUAACAGCUUAAAUGGAAUUUGAAUGUGGUCAGAAACUGGCCACAACAUUUGAAGGUGUGUAUUUCUAAAUGUUUUGGAUGUGCCUAUUGAUUAGUCUAUUUGCCAGUCAGAAUGCUGCUAUAUCUGGUGAAAAUGUGCAAUUUCAGUGUAUUGUACUGUUGAGUAUAAUAAAGAGAUAGGCAUUUCUUACCUUGUUAAA